AGGACGUCGUUUGUUUACUUUGUAUUUGAUGCGUUUUUAUUAGUCUAGUUACCAACGAACAGGCAGUUUAACAAGCUACAAAUUACAGGUUAUUGUAUGUUGCAGUAUGGAUUCUCGCUUCGCACAUCUUUACAAGCGAGACAGCAGUGUCUCCAUGAUAAGAGUGAAAAUGUCCAGAAGACGCUCCCAAACACAAAAAGAGAACCGGGAAAAGAUGCAAAACCUCCGCAGACACCUGGACCAACUUCCGGAGCUGGAGUUCUCGAUGGAUGUCUCCACUCUUGAGAAGUCAGCUCUUCCUUCCCAAGAGACGGGACGCAAAGCUAAAGUAGAUAAAAAUAAUAGUGCUGCAGAGGAGAGGAAAAAGAUGCUGGCACGGUUUAAAGAGAACAAGGCGCUGCAGAAGGAGAAAGAAAGGCGAGAAAAGGAAAAGAAAGGCACCUUUAAGGUCGGUCUUUACCGGCCACAGCCCCUGGGCUACUUGCCCUUGAAUCCUGUUGUACCGAGCACGAAAAAGCCCACAGAACCUGUGCAGUCCACCAGAGUGACCCGUUCUAUGAAACAGCAUCUACAACCAAAGCAGCCAGCUGAAAAACAGCCUGCACCAAAGAAGGCUGAGCCUCCAAGCACAAGAGUGAACAAGUCGUCAGCAUCAGCAAUUGCCAAAGGCAGAACUGCUGCAGUUGAACCGGUUAUCAGAGCUCCAACUACUCGAUCAGCUACUCGAGCUACAACUGUGACAGCAGCUGUAACAACCAAACCUGUGGCUAAAACUGCUGCAGAUCUCAGACCUCCCAAAAUAAAAUCUGCUAAUAGGCAACCUGCAGCACCCUCUUCAGGAAGAGGAAAAAACAUGCAGGGACAUACUGAGUCUGUGGCAGCUGAAAAGAAGGAAGCUAUGGUUGCUGAUGAGGUGGUUGCUGCAGUGAAUCCCUCACCUCCUAAAGAAGAAGAAGAAAUGCUGGAGGAAGCUAAUGUGACUCCAGUUUCAUUUGCUCCCCAAGGAUUUGUGUUCCAGCCCCCCUCUGGUCUGAGAACCUUCCAGCCUACACCCCUUUCUCCUCGCUCGGCUGAUGCCUUCCUGUCACCCAGCUUCUCAGUUGAACCCCGGAUGGAAUCUAUGAGCCCAAUUUCUGAACCAUCUGACUCUUCCUCUGCUCCUCCUCUUUCCUCACCUCCACCCUGCAUGUCCGAACCUUGUCCUGCCCCUGCUUCUAAGUCUGCUCCUUCUACCCUACCCCCUGCCUCAUCUGCCUCUCCUCUUGCCUCUACUUCCCCACCUCCUGCGUCUCUUCCUCUUCCACCUCCUUCCUCUGUACCGUCCGAGCCUCAGCAUGACGUGUCCUAUUUCAGGGCAGUAAUAGCUAGCGAGACAGAAAGAUUGACUGGGUUGUCUGAAUUUUGGGAAUUGCGAUUUGAUGAUUCCUCCAUCCCGGAAGAGAUGCGGGACCAAAUGCGCACAGCUGUUGGCCAAGCCAGGCUGUUGAUGAAGGAGCGCUUUGGCCAGUUCAGUGGCCUGGUGGAUGACUGCGAUUUUGGCCGAGGGGAGAAGAUCACGACCUGCACAGACUUGCAGGGCUUCUGGGACAUGGUGUACUUUCAGGUAGAAGAUGUCGAUAAGAAGUUUAAUGCAUUGAAAGAAGCUGAAACCAGGGGAUGGCAAGAGGAGGUCAAGCCUGUCAUCAGGCAGAAAAAAGUGGUCAAGAAGCCCCCUGCUGCAGGAGGGAAUCCUGGAGCUAGUGUGGGAGCCAGCACAGCCGCAAAGAGUCGUCUGGCUGCAGUGAAAGCUGCUAUGAAGGCCAAGCAAGCGGCGGCAGCUAAAGCUGCUGAGGCUUCAGACAGACCUCGAGAUGACUCGGCUCCUGUUUCAGAUGCCCUGGUUAACGCACGGACAGCCCAGACUGUGGUUUUUCAUGGAGGUUUCUUCCAGGUGGAGAGUCCAGUCAAAGUACUUGGUGCUGUAAGAAGGUCAUCUCGGUUGAGCGCAGCUCCUUUUACCCACUGUUCCCCACAUGGGUCUAAAUUCAGCACACCAGGCAGGAAGGAGAGAUCCACUGCAGUCGCGCAUCCAUCCCCUCUUCCAUGCAAACUCGCACCUUCUAAAAGUGCACCCCCUACUGCAUCCUCUCCCACCUCUCCUGCUGCGGUAGCUCGCACCACAGUAGACACAGUCUGUACUCCCAAACAAAAUGCUGAGUCUCUUCCCUGCUCCCCCAAACCCCUUCACAUCAGCUCUGAGCAGCACAGGUCAUCCCCCUAUACAUCACCUAAUGGAGUCUCGUGCAUACAACUCAGCCAGCUUGAUCAUAACACAAGUCUCAACAACCUCCAAUCAGACCUCAUGAUCACACCAACAGAUGAUCAAAUGAACCGGUCAGUACAGAUCAAGCCACACAAUUCUCCUUGCCAGUCAGAGGAAGAACUGCCACUGUAUCUUCCUGCACAAUCAGAUAGCAGUACAGAGCCUGAGGGAAGCGAUCAAGAGUCUGCAAUGACUGCAUUUUCCCAGGAGCAAACUGAAGAGAGUGUUUCUGCUGAAGUGGACAUGUACCACUCAGUCAGUAAAGUGCAUGCUACGAGUUUCACCCACUCACCUUCAGCAUGCAAGACAAUUCCACGAGCAGAAACCAUGGAGAACCGUGUCUCAGUCCUUUCCUCCCCCUGUAUGAUGUCCAUCUCACCACAGCAAGUCCUAUCUCCAACGCCAUCAGAGAAAACCGACAUGCGUGUCAGUGAAGGAUCUCCUACCAGUGCAGACUGUAAAGUGACUGAAAAUCAAGACACUGAGAGUUUUCCUGAUUUGGACUUGGACCGAUAUCUGCAACCCACAGCCCAAUGCAGCUUAUCUCCUGUGCAGAGCAUGGCAGUGGAAAGGUUCUCACUUGGCCUAGAAGAUGCUGAAAUGGAGAGCCCUCAGGCCCAGGAGCCUGUUCAGGAUGCACUGAUGACUCCUACAGCUUUCCCCAGAAUGGCACCAUUGGUGGUCACUCCCUGGACUGAAGAGAUGAUUGCUGAUCAGCUGCUGUUCACCCCUGAGCAGAGGGAGCGAGUGAGGCCGUCGGUGUGUGAGCGUGACCUCAUGAUGUUUACGCCACCUGCUGAUAUUUAAUUUGAGCAGAGACGUGGACA